AUGGCGGAAGCAAUCGGCCUUGUAGCAAGCAUUUUUGCUACUGUCCAGAUCGCAGACCGGGUCAUAUCCCUAUGUAAACGCUACAUAGAAAGCAUCCAAGACGCACCAAGCGAUCUACGGACUAUCCUCAUAGAGACGUCAUCGGUGAAGGCUAUUUUGGAGAACGUCAAGUUCCUCGUCGAAUGCGACAACGGGCAAUCAGAAAUCUUCAGCAGUUUGAAUGGUCCAUCUGGCCCCAUCGAAGGUUGUCAUGAGGCUAUGAAAAGCCUCGAAGGUCUGUUCCGUACAGAUACUUGUGCACUACAGGGUCUCAGCAGGUCCAGAAAGCUGAAGAGCCACGCACUUGCCACACUUGCAACUCUAGCAUGGCCGUUGAAAGAGAGUAAAGCCAGGAAGCUGCUGCAAGAUGUCGCAACGUACAAGAACACCAUAACGUUGGCAUUGAGCGCCAACACUGCGCACCGUAUACAUGACGUGGCUCAGAGAACAAGCCAGAUUCAAGAGGUUAUGUCAGAAUCUGAGCGACGAGAACUGUUCAAAUGGCUCGAAGACAUUGAUCCAUCUUCCCUACAUCACCGAGCACAACAAAACCAUGAACCCGGUACAUGUGAUUGGGCAACACGUCUCCCCGUAUGGCCUGAAUUUCUGAGCGGCAAAGAGCACUGCAUUUGGAUCCACGGCAUUCCAGGUGCCGGAAAAACGGUUCUCGCAUCACAGCUGAUUGAUAAAAUUGAACAGCACUGCAAAGCAUCAGGUUCUGAAAGACUGAUGAGUACUUGGUAUUACUGUUACUUUGCCCAUAAUCAAGACGAAUCUGCUUCUCUCUUGAAGUGGAUUCUGAGUCGUCUUUGCCGCAGAACGAAUGAGAUCUCAGACCAUCUUUGGAAACUUUUCAAGCAUGGAGGGUCGCCGUCCCUAAAAGAUUUUCUUAUUGCUAUCGAGCGGGCGCUUGAGCACUUUGACGAAGUCUACAUCACAGUCGACGCUAUUGACGAAAGCAAUCCUCGCGAAGACUUGCUCAAAGUCAUACGACAAUUAGCAACCGAAAAGAGAUUCAACAAGAUUCGGUUGUUACUGACAAGUCGGGAGUAUUUCGACAUUGAGACAGUUAUGACCGAGUUUUCCACCUCAAUAUCCAUGGAUAAUGAGUUUCUAGACGCCGAUAUCCGUCUGUAUACGGAGUCACGCCUUAAGACAGAAAAGCGCAUCAAAAGCUGGCCAGAAGAGCUUCAACAAAAGACUGUGGAGGCCUUAUCACAUGGUGCACACGGAAUGUUUCGAUGGGUUGUUUGCCAAAUCGAUGCGCUGCGGCGUAUUAGGAGAAGAGAAGCCAUCAGAGAAGCUUUGUCCAGAAUGCCCAAGACUCUAGAUGAGGCUUACGACAGAAUAUUUGAGCAGAUUGAAGACGAAGAUCUUCCUUGCGUCAACUCUGCCAUGAAGUGGCUGUGUUUUGAGGCCAAGUUGCAUACUGGCGUAGAGGCACGUGUCGAUAUGCAAAUGCUCGCUCAAGCCGUUGACGAAGACAUCUUCGGAGAUAAUCUUGAGGAGAAACUCUCCCAAGACACAGAAAGUCUCCGUGAAAUUUGCGGAUGUCUUGUCACAGUCACACCAACGACUUUGGAGAAUGGACAACAGAGAUUCUACGUGUCCUUUGCGCACUACACUGUUUUGGAGUACUUGGCCUCCAACAAGAGAAACCAUCCCGACCCAUUCUUCACGUUGGAAAAGGAAGAACUUGUCCUUGACAAAGCCGAACGGAUAUUUGCGAGAGCCCUCUGCCUUAGUGACGAUGAAUUCGAAGAGUACAAGGUUGUGACGUGGAGUGAAGGGGGGCACGCCAUCUUUACCCUUCCUAACUUUGGAAGCUAUUGCGCCUAUACCUCCAUUGACAUGAUCAUUUUCUUCGACGCCGUAAUGUCGGAGCACAACGACCUUUUCUAUCGAGUACUUGAUGUACUAGAUGCAGAGAAGGAUUAUUUCUUUCCCCUUUUCUCCAUCUGGAGUAACAGGGCCAAGACCUUGGUAAAUAUUGGUGGAGGGCGGAUUGAAAGCUUCGACUUUGUCGAAAAUAUCGAAUGGGAGACUGUGCCAGACCUGGAAACCAGCGUUCUGGUAAGGCUUCUCAUUUUUGGAUGUUUCCGUUUGGCCAAGGCGCUGCUAGAAAGAAUGGAGCCAUUGAAUCCUUUCCAGCUUUAUCUUGAUUUCAGAUACAACCUCUGCUACUACAAAGGAGCAGGUCUGGCUCUGGAACGAGAUUGGCGUUUUCAAGGAGCUCUUACCGACUGUUUCGCAGCCUUGUUUCCUGCUACAUCCAUGGGCUCAUCCCAGGGCGAUGGUAUCAAUGUGUUUAAAUUCCUCAUUGAGGCCGGCGCCGAGGAUUUUGAUCCCCAGGGGGCUCUUAUCCCUUUUGGUGCUUUGCAUGACCACACUAACCAUUGCAGCGAUUGGUGUGUAUUAGAGAAGCUCUUACGUCUUGGGGCAGAUCCUAAUGCGGACGGAUGCUAUAUUACCCCAUUGCAAAUCGCCGUGGCAAGUUUCGAUAUCGAGGGCGUCCUGGCUCUUCUGCAAGCAGGGGCAAAUCCUAAUGCGGAGGGAUGCGUUGCUGCGUCGGCAUGGCCAGAAGAUACACUCCUGUGCCAGUUCAACAGUCUUCACGGAUGGGGACCUCUAGAAAUUUCUGAACAGAUUCGUGACCCUGAGAUGUUCCAGGGCCUACGUAGCUGGUCAAUACACGAACAGGAUUACAAGAGGGAGGGGGAGACCAUUCAAUCAUCGAUUGAAGCCAUAUUGCUUGAGUAUGGCGCGGGAAAUUGA